AGCAUUUCGGAGAAAUGAGUAAAGAAGGAACCGUAGCAAGCUGUCAAGCGAAGAUGAAGGUUCCUGUAACUGCAUUGACGUUUGUGCUGGCGCACAUCAUAGUGACACAGUCAUUACCUUUUCCUGGUCCAACCACAAGACCGCCUCCUCGACCAGUGGCCCCAGGGCAGUGCGGUGGUGCUUUAGUCGGCCCAUCCGGGAACUUAGCAUCUCCUAAUUACCCUGGUAACUACCCCAGCAACGCGUAUUGUGUGUGGACCGUAACGGUACCUUCGGGCUCACAAUUCAGGAUUGACUUUCUCUUCUUCGAAACAGAGCCUUGCUAUGAUUUGGUGAAAGUCUAUCAGGGAAGAAGGCUGAUCCGUCGUCUGACUCAAGGAGGGGAAUCUGAUGACAACAAAUAUUUCAAGGAUAGAAAUGAUGAGAACGACGACGACGAGUGUGAUGACGAUGAUGAUGACGAUGAUGAUGAUGAUAACUAUGACAAGAAUGGAAAGAGAAAUUACAUGUUUGCCGAGCCUCUGAGAGCAGACAGAAAAGCAAAAGUUGUCUCCGUUCACGGUAAUGGGGAACCCGUGAGGAUUGUGUUCAAAUCCGAUCCAUGGGUGACAAGGAGAGGAUUCUUUGCCCAUUACACCAUGGGGAAAGCCCUAUGUGGCGGUCCUCUGGCUUCACCAUCCGGGAACCUUACUUCUCCCGGUUUUCCAGCAAAUUAUCCGAACAAUGUUGAAUGUAAAUGGACUAUCACUGUUCCUCUUGGAUCAACUUUGGUUUUGAAUUUCCGCGCCUUUGAAACAGAACGGUGUUUUGAUCACGUCAAGAUUCUCCGUGGCUUUCGGGAGAUACGUAGUUUGAGUGGCAUAUACGGGGCUUAUUCGUGGUUUACAGGGAGACACGACGAUUUCUUGGAUGACGAUUGUGAUGAUGACGAUGACGAUGAUGACGAUGACGACGAUGAUGACGACGACGAUUGGAUGAAAAAAUUCCGUUAUGGAUUCGGAAUGACAAAAUACCAUGGUUUUCCAUUCCUGCCUCGAGUAUACAUCCUGGGAAAUGGCGAACAGAUAUCGAUUAAUUUCAAGUCCGACAAGAUUAUCACUUUUAAAGGAUUUGAUGCCACUUACCGAGUUGCACAAGGCCCAGGAAAAGGAAAGUGAUGACUGAUGCCUAUAGAAUGAACGCUUUUGAAAAAUCACGCGAUAACAUUUCAUUCGAUGUUUAUUACUCUGCCCUAAAGUCCGGUUGUUCUUCCGCACGCUUUUAUGAGACGCAUUUCUCUUUAAUUAUUAAUGUUGAUGACAGUCAAGAUUUUUACAUUGUUGCAGUUUGAAAAGUGUACGUUGAAAUAAUGAGAAAAAAUUGAUCCAUUUUUUGCAUGAGGUUGACACAACGCACGUGCGGGAUUUAUUGUCAAAGUUUUCAAUGGGAAAUUAGAAACGCCCCCUCUUGAAUGGAGUAAAGUGGAAAAAAAGGCAUAUUAGAGAUGCAACGUACAUUGACUUGAAACUUAAAUGAUUAAUAAAAGGGGAAUUCAUAUCGUUGUUGAUGAGAAAUCAAUAUGUAAACAAACGACAACUUCGUGUGUUCCCAAGAUUGACAAGGGCGAUCCACACUAGUUUAGAAGACAUCGACUAUUUCUGAGAGGUCAUUUCUCGCAUACUGUCGCAGAUGUAAUCUGUAAUUCAGCUUGAUUUUUCUGUAUGUGUCGUACUCUUGACUUCAAAGACAUCUCUUCAAUAAACAACUUACCCUUGUGGAAGAAAUAACCAGUAAAGGGCACAGCCGAAGAAAUAGAAGACAAAUAAGCUAAGAGGUGUUUCAAAGUAUGCAUUUUGAUAUUCUCAAGGUAACAUUAUAGUAUUCAUUAUCUUGUUAUUAUUAUGUAAGUCAUUCUAGGUUUUGGAAACUUAAUUUGGAUUUGGCUACCAAUACUGUUAAAAUUAAGUUAAAGCUGUCGUCGGCAAUGCCCUCAGUUUAUUUCAAUUUUAAGCCUUCAAUAGGAUAAAUGGUGAUUAAAAGUAAUUAUUCAUCACACACAAGAAUUUUGUGGUAAUGUCA